CCCUGAGCUGCAGCGUGAAUCCGCUUGGCAGGAAGCACAAGGAUUCCUCCUUGCUUGACGCCCGACCGUGCCCCCCUUCCAGCCACGCUGUGCGAUCCACACAGUCGCAGCCUUUCAAACCUGCGACGUUUGAGGACCCGUUCCUGGAACACGAGAGAGUCGCCAUCGAUCGCACGCCAUUGACUGACCGCCACCGACGCGCCUACAUGAUGACGUCACUUCCGACUCUCGACACCCUUUCCUCAGCACCGCCGUUUCUCCUAGACUUCCGAAAUCUGGGAGAUUUCCUCCCGUGGCUCCUCGAGUCUUGCGCCGCAGUCUCUCUCGCCUUCUCGCAGCUCCCGCCGUUAGUAUGGGGGCUGCUAAUAGCGGGUAUCGCGGCGGUGCUGCUGGCGUUCCUGUACAGCUGGUUCGACCUGCACGUCGUCAGCCACGUGUUCGUCGGCGAUAGGGUGAAGGUGGUUCACCACCCGGGGUCCAACGUGGCGCGCGCCGUCUUCGCGCGAAUGCGCAUUCCGCACUUCUGGCCCACGCCUUGGCUGUGCAGCCCGCACCUGCAGACCACCUUUGUGCACUUCUUCGCAAGGACGCCUCGCGUGCCCUACAUCAGGCAAGUGGUGCGCACCCCUGAUGGCGGCACCCUCGCUCUGGACUGGGCCGAGCCAGCAGCGGAAGCGUCUAAGGUUUCCCCAGGAGUGGCUGCUGCUGGAGGGAAGGGGGGAGGGCAAGGAGGGGAGGGCAGGCAGCAGGGAGCAGGGGGGAGGGCGGAGGGGGCAUCAGAGGUGCCAAUUGUGAUUGUGGUGCCCGGGCUUACAAGCGCAUCCGAUGACAAGUACAUGCGCCACUGUGUGGCUGGCGUCACCAGGCACGGGUGGAGAGCACUGGUGCCCAACCACAGGGGCUUAGGAGGCGUUACCAUCACAUCGAGCCGCUUCUACAAUGCGGGGUGGACCACGGAUCUGCGCUUCGUCAUCGGCCUGGUGAAGCGCAACUACCCCCUCGCUCCUCUCUACGCCAUCGGCACGUCCCUGGGGGCCAACAUCCUGGUGAAGUAUCUCGGGGAGGAGGGCGCCUCUGGGCCAAUCCAAGCUGCUGUUUCCAUCGGCAACCCCUGGGACCUACUGAUCUGUGACCGGUGGAUGAGUCGGCGCACGCGGCAGCGCGUGUACAACAUGGCCAUGGCCACGGGGCUCAGGGAGUUCGCCAAGCUCCACAAGGACAGCUUCCAGCACCUCGUGGACGUCCAGCACGUGAUGAAGGCGCGCACCAUCCGCCAGUUUGAUGACCGCAUCACUCGCAUCGUCAGCAACUACGAGACCGUGGACACCUACUACCGGCGCUGCAGCUCUGCCCAGUUCCUCCCCGAGGUGGCCGUGCCGCUGCUGGCCGUGAGCUCGCUGGACGACCCCAUCUGCACCAAGGAGGCGAUUCCGUGGGACGAAGCAAAAGGCAACCCCAACGUGGUGCUGGCGGUGUCGCACCACGGGGGGCACCUGGCGUACCUGCAGGGGCUCACUGCCAGCAGCAUAUGGUGGGUGCAGGUGUCGCUGGACUUCCUGCAAGCUGUGGUUGACGCCAGGAAGGCCGGCGAGUUGGUGGGGCAUGUCCUUCCCAUCUCCUCAGCAGCAACCGCCCUGCCCCCACAUCCCCAUCCCCAUGUCAUGGAGCCCUCCCCUUUCCUCACCUCCACUCCCUCCUUCCGCUCUGUUGCUGCCCUAGGCACCCUCCCUCCCCCCUCCUCCUCCUCCCCUCUCUCCCCCUCCCAAACCUCCCUGGCUCGCCGCCGAACCUCGUCCUCCCUUGGGAACAUCUCGGAGGAGGGCGCUCAGGAGGAGAGGCCUGGUGCGCCGAGCCUGACAGGCAGGGGCGGCAAGCGAGGCGGUCCGAUUGGGGUGUUUAGCAUUGAGGGGGAGGAGGGAGAGGAAUGCGGGAAGAAUGAGAGUGGUAGUGGGGGUACUGUUGCUGCUGCUGCUGCUGCUGCUGCCGCUGCUGAUGGUGCUGCAUGUAGUGGUGGAUUAGAAAGGAGGGUUGCUGGAGCGAGUGGGCUGGUGGGAGGGACAGGGAGGACUGCUGGGGGGGAGGCCGAGAGGGGGGAAGGACGGGGGAAGGUUCACUGGGUGAAAGGCGAAGAGGAAGGGAGAGUGGAGGGAGAGGGAGAAGGGGAGGAGGAGGAAGAGGAGGAGGAGGAGGGGAUGAGCACUGUGAGCAUGUCGGUGCUAGCAGGUACUAUAGACGGUAGGGAGUCUGUUACUGACGAGGAUGAGGGAAAGGAGGGGGAGGUGGAGGAGGUGGGUAGCGGAGUGGGGGAGGGGGGAAGGGAGGACGAUUGGGAGAUGGGGCCUGCAGGCGGCAUGUGUGGGGAGGACGACCUGGGGGAGGUGGUAUCUGGGACUGGGCAGAACCGGUUGAGCAGCGGGAGUGGGGUGGAACGCACAGGGAGGAUCACAGGCGUGGGAAGGGGAGGAGCGGGAGGGACAGUUGAAGGAAAGGGAGGAGGAGCGGGAGGAGGAGUAGCGGGGGGGCCAGUAGCGGCGGCAGCGGUGGUGCAGAUUCGGUUUGAGAGUGAGGAGCAGCUGCGGGUGGCAGCUGUGGUGGUCCGAGAACUGAUGAGCAAGAUCCAACGGUGCCUCGAUACUUCACCAGCCGCACGGCAAGCUGCACUCUCUCCGCGCCGCGAAACUGCUCCCAUGAAUCACCACAAGCCCGAGGACUCAGAGCAAGCAGCAUAUACCCACCACAACAGCACCAACCACCAUCACCAGAACCACCUCCCCCAUCAGCACCUGCACCAGCACCCUCCUACCACCCCCUCUCCUGCUCCCUCCACACACCUCUUUGCAGCUGCAGCCUCCCCCAGUUGGCGCCUGGCCUAUCUGGCCCUUGCUGUAGCCUGCCCUCUGGUUGCCAGCGCUGUUGCGCUUCGGCUCUACCGCCAUCGAGCCACAGCAGGAGGCUCGGGGAGCUUGGGCCUGGUUCGGCUGGCAUCUGCUUUGGCGAAGAAGUAGCAUUUUCCGGGCCACUUCGGCUGGGUUACUUCUCUAGGCCUGCUCUGCUUCUUGCAUAUACCUCACUACAAGUGCUAUUUUUUCCGAGUCCCCAGUGACAUCCAGUCCCCAGGAAAUUGGGCCGGAGGAAUCAUCACUGUAGCAGCAAGCUGAAAAGAUAAUAGUUUCAACUCACCACAAUGAGGCGCUAGGCAGCACCCUGGUUCCACCACGAAACGAUGAAAUGUGUUACGGGAUUGCCAUUAGAGCUGUGGUAGUGGCCGACAACUUGAGUUUUGCUGUGAUUCGCGCAAAACACUUACGGAAUGCACAAUGGGCCU